AUGAACAAAGAAAAAAUAAAUAAAAAAGAAUUAGCCCAAAAACUAAAAUCCAAAUUAAAUUCACCAGAAUACGUUGCUAUUCCGGAAAUAUUAGGAUAUGAAAAUAGAUAUGGUGAUAUGAUAGCUUUUAUUUUUAGGAAAGAUAUCAAUGGCGUCCACAGCACUGGCGGAAAAGAUAACCCCUAUAAUUUUAAAAGAUUUGUUGAACUAGAAAACGAAAUUACUAUUGUUUCAGAAAACGGAAAAAUCACACAAGACAAGCAUAAUCAACAAAUCCAAAAUACACAAACUUCAACUAAAAUUACUGAACCGACUAAUAAACAAAAAAACGAAGACAAUUCUACCAAGUCCCAAAAUACUGGAACUAUUUUGUUAAUUGUUGGCGGAAUAUUAGUAAUUGGAACUACCUUGAUAAUUGACAAAUCUAAACCAAAAAAAUAUGUUUUAACCAUGUUUCCUUAUCCUAGCGGCAGUGGUCUACAUGUCGGACAUGUUCGUUGUUAUACAAUUUCGGAUGUAAUGGCUAGAUUUUACCGCCAACAAGGAUAUAAUGUUCUUUUUCCAAUUGGUUGA